AUGUCCCACCACUGCCACGACGAGCAUGAGGGGCAUGGCGGCCACGACCAUGAUCACGAGCACGACCACUCGGACGACAUCACACCGGCGCUCCAGUUCUCUCUCUACCAGCACAUCAACUUUGACGAGGUUCACACUCUCAACGAGACGUCGCACGGCAUGGGCCGGGCUAUCGUCAAGAAGACGUGGGCAGAGCGGCUCGACGCGGAGCCCGAGUUGGUGAGCGAUGUAGAUGAGCAGCUCAUCGUCAAUGUUCCUUUCACCGGCCAAGUCAAGCUGCACUCGAUCCUGGUCCGCACCUCGCCGGCCUCGAGCGCGCCGGCCACGCUGCGCGUCUUCCAGAACCGCGAGAACCUCGACUUCUCGGCGGCCGAGGACCAGGAGCCCGACCAGGAGUUCGAGCUGUCGCAGACGUCGGAGGUGCAGGAGCUGCCCGUCAAGCGCGCCAAGUUUGCGCGCGUGCGCCGCCUCGCCCUCUUCUUCCCGGACAACUUUGCGCAGGUGCAGGGCGAGGACGACGAGGAGGCGACGCGCGUGUCGUACCUCGGCUUCAAGGGCGAGUGGAUGCAGCUGGGCCGCGCGCCGACCAACAUCCUCUACGAGGCGGCGGCGAACCCGGGCGACCACAAGAUCAAGGGCACGAACGUGAACCAGAUGGGAAGCGGGAUCGGCGGACGGGGGCCGGGAGUGUGA